GUCAUGGCCACAAGGAGCGAGCGGCGGCGAGAGCACGAGCGCGCAACUCUGCUCAGAUCAAGGCGCCUUCUGAAUCAUCCAUCCCGUUCCGAGAUGGCACAUUUCAGCAUUUCUUGCAUUGAUACGGUCUCCGAAAGUUAUUAGUAUUUUUUUCUUUAUUCUAUUUUUUUUUCUGGUCCGGUGCUUGAUUUGCAAACGGACCUUGGAAAAAUAAUCGCUUGAAACACAGUUGAAGCUCCCAUAAAGACCGGUGAACACCACCUCCCUUCAUUCCCAGGCGGGAUCAGGCCUUUUAAAUGCGAGCAGCUGCGGUGGCUUCACAGCAGAGCGCCUCUGUCUUAUCAACAGUUCAGAUUCCAGAGCAGAAACACAAGAAAACAUCAUCGACGUGUGCAACUUGAAGAGCACAGAGAGCAGAAGUGAUUAAGUGCAGUCAUGUUGGGCGGUGAGGGGGAAAGCAGCACUUAUUCCUCCACCAAAGACGCAGCAGAUGAGAGGCGCAAGUCUCCAGCGGUCGACGGGGACGAUCCGGCCGCAAGCAACAGGUACGCGGAUCACGGGACGGGUGCCGACCGCUACUACAUCACACCCAUCCCCAAGCAGAGUCCGGAAUCGGCCAACCCCUGCUCCUUCAUCCCGUACACCCCCAGCGGCUCCGUUUACAACGCGUCCCCGGCCGGCAGGUAUCCCUCAUCCCUCCACCUGAGCUCCGUGCUGCCGCCGGCGGGGUUCCCCCCCUCCGCGUCCGGGCGCGGUCACUUCAGCCCGGCUUACCAGCUCGGACAGAGCCCCGGCUGCCUCUACCCGUCCUACACCGGUUCCGGGUCCGCCCUGAGCGGCAUGGCUCUGCCCGGCUCCGGGCCCGGAGUGAGGGCCCAGGUCUACCUCUGCAACCGGCCGCUGUGGCUCAAGUUCCACCGGCACCAGACCGAGAUGAUCAUCACCAAGCAGGGCAGAAGGAUGUUUCCUUUCCUGAGUUUUAACAUCGCCGCGCUGAGCGUGACGGCGCACUACAACGUGUUCGUGGAGGUGGUGCUGGCGGACCCGAACCACUGGAGGUUCCAGGGCGGCAAGUGGGUCACCUGCGGGAAGGCGGACAGCAGCAGCCAAGGUACUGACAAAGGCAAUAAAAUGUACAUCCACCCAGAGUCCCCAAACACAGGUGCGCACUGGAUGAGACAGGAAAUCUCUUUCAGCAAACUGAAACUCACCAACAACAAAGGAACCAGUCACAAUACGUCCCAGAUGAUCGUCCUGCAGUCUCUGCAUAAGUACCAGCCGCGGCUGCACAUCGUGGAGGUGACGGAUGAGGCAGAAGAGAUCAACAGUGAAGUGAAGACACAGUGCUUCACUUUCCCAGAGACUCAGUUUAUAGCAGUCACUGCUUACCAGAACACUGAUAUUACACAACUGAAAAUUGACCACAACCCCUUUGCAAAAGGAUUCAGAGAUAAUUAUGACUCGAUGUACACAGCUCCAGAGAGUGACCGCCUCACACCAUCUCCCACCGACUCUCCUCGUGCCCACCAGAUUGUGCCCGGCACCCGCUACACAAUGCAGCCCCUCUUCCAGGACCAGUUUGUCAACAACCUUCCACAGAAUCGCUUCUACAACAGUGAGAGAGCCGUCCCGCAGACUAACAGCCUCCUCUCACCUCAGACAGAAGAUGGAGCUUCACAGAGGUGGUUUGUCACCUCUAUGCAGCAGGGGGGAAACGGCACAAGCAGCAGCAACAAGAUAGAUCUCACACCUUAUGAGGGAGAAUAUUCAAGUUCCCUUCUUCCUUAUGGUAUCAAAUCGCUGUCCAUGCAAACGUCUCAUGCUCUGAGCUACUACCCAGACUCCCCUUUCACCACCAUGUCUGCAGGGUGGGGGCCCAGAGCACCAUACCAAAGAAAAGUGGCUCCCAGCCUGCCAUGGUCUCCCAGGCCCAGUCCCACUGCUGGCUUCCCAGAAGACUCUGACAAACUGAAGCCACAGAUAGAAGAUGAUGUGAACAGUAGCAGUGUGCUGAUCUCCUCCUGGACGGAGACACAGCCACCAGCUCUCCCCUUAGACAAGGCUGAAAGCUACUCCAUGGCCUGCAAACGGAGGCGCUUGUCUUUGAAUGGGCCAAGCACCGAAGAUCCACCCACCAACACUAAGUGUGAGGAUGUAGCCACAGUUGUCACCAACAACAGCUCCUACAGCAAGGAGCCCCUUCCAUCUAAAGGCAUGACCGCUUACUACUCAUUUUACACAAACCCUUGAAUGUUUUAUCUAGUAAAAAAAUAGGCCCUCAAUCAGUUUAUCUUUCUUCUGCACACUGAACAAAACAGAUCACUUUGCCUUUUUUCCUAUAUGGGUAGUUUUAUUUUGAUCUGGUGUUGAUAAAUGGUUCUUUUUUUUAUUGUGGUGAUAAAGGCAAUAUUGGGGAUUAAUUACAUUACAAGAGAAGUGCAGCAUGAAAAUCACCCUUUCAAGAUGUAGUUUUUUUCCCACCUAAAUUUCAUUGGCUGUUUUUUUUUUUUUUCAAAUGAAGUGCCAUUCAUGUAACAGUGUAUUUGGAUUCCUAAAAGUGCCAAAGCACACGACUAAUGUUUUUUUUAACUGUUUGCUGUAUAUGUUUUAUUAUUGAAGACAUCUGAUAACAUUUAGACCCAUAUCAUGUGAUGAGAUCAUGUGUACAGAGAAUUUAUUAAGGGCCUAUUCUUCUGAAUGUGUGCACUGUUUGAUGUAAAAGGAAUAUGCUGUAUAUACUUUCAUUGCAAAUUUAAAAAUUUGAUA